GUUGUGUCAAAAAGCCAAUUUCUUUCACUUGGUCAUUUUUGUGUGACAAACAAAAUGAGCAGAUAUAGUUUCUUACAAAGGUCAACAAACGGGGCGGCUACAACGGGGAAAAGAUUUCGUAGGCUCGAAAAAGUUUGGACACAUGAUGAACAAAAAAUUCUCAUAGAUUAUAUAGCGUCAAGACCAGCUUUAUGGGACCCCGAUUCCGAUUCGUAUAGAAAUCGCGACAUCAGAAAGAAAAUUUGGGCAGAAAUCGCAGAGGUUACAAAGCAUAGUGUAAAUGACGCGAAAAAUUACUGGAAUAACUUGCGCUCCAGAUUUAAUACUGAGCGACGGAAGGCAGUGCUCUAUGAAAAAAAACAUCUUGGCAACAAAUAUGAAUCGGGUUAUGAAUUUUACUCAGGAAUGCAGUUUUUAACUAAAAUCGAACCCAGGCGAACGGCGCACAGUGUCGAGGAUAUGCAUAUCCAAAUGAAUGAUUACAUUUCCCUUGAAAGUCAUUCUCAAGAUGAAAGCGAUAUAGAAUCUAUACCCAGUUUACUGGAACCCAAAUAUGAGACUGUUAAUAAUGAUUAUUCUGAUUCCAACAUAAAAGAAAUAUUUGUCAAUGGCACUUUAAAUCAGCAAAUGGCAACUGGCAAUAACUAUUCUUCCUCGGAAAAGUUUGUGCAUCCAAAUGAGCAUAGCACUUUAGAUAAUUUGACGAUGGAUCCGUUGAAAGCAGAUGAAUUGCCGGCCAGGAAUAAGCGCAAACCGCAUUUGGGCAAUAAUCAUGAAGUACCAGUGCGUAGAAAGUGGAAGCAAGUCUUCUCCGAGUUCAUAUUGUGUGAACUAGAGAGAUAUGAGUAUAGUGACGCGCAAAGACUGAAGGCUGAACUGACGUCGGCCUGCUUGAACUUUCAACCACAACACCCGCAAAUUAAUGAUUAUUAAUGCAACUAUUUGUGAAUAAAACUGAUUAAUAUUAUGUAUUAUAUUUGUAUGUAUGUAGUAUUAAAUAUCUAUGAUUCAAAGAAUAAAUUAUACUUAUAGAAUUAAAA